AAUUUGACCUCCUGUCACUUCACCACCACUAUCUCUCUUGGGCAGGCAAGGCAGCUCUCUUCAACCAAGAAUGAGUCACAACAAUGUCCGUGGACCAACAUCCGCCCUGACCGAGUUCCUUAGGGACUCUGGCAUUACUGCCACAACAAUUGCACGGCGCGCAGCGAUGGCGAAUCGACCAGUGGCUGGGCCGAGUAAUGCACCGGAAGAAGCAGACGAUGUCGAAGCCAACCAGGAAGAUGAAGUUCAGACACAGGCGCCGCGUCGACGAACUAGGGGUAAUAGGAGGUCAGGUUACGUUUCUGAUGAGUUAGACGAGCCUGCUUCACCUGCAAAGAAACAAAAGUUGAGCAAGGCAGCAGAGGCCAAGCUGAAGAAGACCAAAAAAUCCAAGAAAGAUGACAAGGAUGGCAAAGAUGAAGAUGAAGACGCGUAUACCGCUCUGUCAAGGUCUAUGUGGUCGACAGUUGGUUCCUCGUCGAAACCUCCCGUAGGAAGCUUUGAUACCUGUGCAAAGUGCGGGAAACAGUAUACUGUGACAAAAUACACUAUGGCCGCGGAUUCUGGCUCGGGAUAUCUCUGCCAUGCUUGUGCCAAGUCUUCUGGGAACGAUCCAUUCAAGAAGCCCACAGUCCCCAGAAAACGCAAACCAGCUGCGGCAAAACGAGUCGUGAAUUACGAGGAGCGUCUCUUUCCUUCUCUUGCUUCCCUAUGUAUCCAGAUAAUAUCGAGGUAUAUCGACGAUAUCGAAGCCCUCGGUGAUAUUGGUAUCCUUAAUAUGGAAGCUAUAUCCAAGGCCAUCUCGAAGAAUCGAAGUUUGACAUCUGCAAACGCCCAUCUCUUUUAUGGGCCGGAGAACACGGUUCUGACACUGUACGACGCUACCAAGUUAACACCCGACGCUUUGCGAACCUUGGCUCAUCUUAAUCCUAAUUUAACCACACUGCGCCUCGAUUUCUGUGGCCUCUUAUCAGACGAAGUCAUGUCUGUGUGGUCGACAUCUCUUCCGAACUUGGUAUCUCUUCAAUUGCUUGGUCCCUUCCUUGUCCGCCCAUCCUCCUGGAUCAACUUCUUUGAAUCUCACCCUCAGCUUGAAUGUUUCAAGAUAACGCAAAGCCCAAGAUUCGACGUCCAGUGUGUCGAAACACUGAUCGCUACGUCACAGAAGACGUUGCACGCUUUGGGGCUCAGGGAGAUUGGCAAGAUGUCUGACGAGUUCCUCAAUUGUAUCAAGCUCCUCGAAGGGCAAUUGACGUACCUGGAUAUAUCUGAACCAAGCGAGUCCUGCAGUGAAGCAGCAAUUAUAGAAAUGCUCUCCACUGUAGCGCCCACCUUAACCCACUUGGACCUUUCAGAUCACACCGAAGUCUCUGACAAGGUUCUGCAACAGGGGUUACAACCAUACUCUAAAGCUAUCACCUCCCUCGGUCUGAAAAAUCUCCCCGAGCUUACCGAUACCGGUGUAGCUGAUUUCUUUGACUCCUGGACGGCCAAUCCGCCCUUGACUUUCCUCGAUAUUUCCCGCAUCCACCUCCUAAAUAAGAAUGCCCUUCUCGCCAUCCUGGCACAUUCCGGCUCCAGCCUUCAAGAGCUGAAUAUCAAUGGAUGGCGCGAUAUUGAUAAUGAGACCUUGGAGGAGAUCGGGAAACAAGCAAGAGAUUUAAAGAAAGUCGACCUAGGAUUUUGUAGAGGCGUCGACGAUUUUACCGUGAAAAGCAUCAUCGAAGGUAGCAAAGGAGGACUUCAGGAGGUUAAAGUGUGGGGCUGCAAUCGAAUUGAAGGCAAGUGGACUGUCAGUGGGAAACAGAGACACAUCAGGGUAUAUGGCGUUGAAUCUCAUUGAAUGUCGCUCGUAGCGAUGGUUGGAGGAAUGCAGAAAUAAGUAAUACGUCUAAUUUUGCUUUAAAGAAAUCCCAAGUAUUUUUAUAUAACUUUCGUGCCAGGUGGGGAUCAGUAGCGUGAAGAAACCUUUUACUAAUACGAGGUCGUUAUAUCGAAGAUAGGGAAUUUACAGGUUGGCAUCCGCACAUUAAAAGCGUCAGGAACAUAGAGAAGCCUUGGGUGUAAAAUUAAUCCCCCCCUCGACUUGUC